AUGGAGACUAGCAAAAUAUCCCAUGACAAAGACAUGUUCAAAUUAACAGCCAAUAACUUCACUUACUGGAGUCCAAUGAUAGAAGAUCAUCUCUUUUACAAAGACUUGUAUGAGUCCAUCCUCAAUGCUAAGAUGCCUGAAGGAGUCCAGAAGAAAGAAAGAGGUGUAUCUAGCACGUCCGAUGCCAAUAUUGUUGAGAAUAGAGGAAUGUCUCACUUUUGGGCCAGAAGCAAAAGCCAAGGUCAUGACAAAUCAAGAGGAAAUACUAGAGAAUGGAAAUUCAAGCCAGACCAGAUACAGUCUAAGAAGAAAGAAGACAAGAGCACUACUGUGAUGGCUGCCAACACUGAUGUCGAGGUCUUCCUCCUAGGUGAGAAAAAACAUUUAAAUGUUGUUUAUGAUGAUUAUGCCUGGAUUAUUAUUCAAGUAAAUCCUUCCAUGCAUAAGCCAGCCAAGGGUAAAUUGGUGAUUGCUCGAGACAAGAAAGAAGGAUUCUUAUACGUGAUGCAAGGAAGACAAAUAAACAUUGGAGAAGCCAAUGUUGUCUGGAACAGACUAACAAUGGAGUUGUGGCAUAAGCACCUCAGCCACAUGAGCAAGAAAUUACUUCAAAUCCUAAACAAGAAAGGUGUGUUAUCUGGGUUGAAAGGGCAAAUGCUAGAGAGUUGCAUGCACUUCCUGGCUAGAAAGACAUGCAAACAUUUCAAAUUGUUCAAUGGACUGCACAGCAUAAAUUCUACUAUCAUAAAUGGACACGUGGCGGAUUUUCCAUUUGUCCAACUGAACUCUAAAUUCCUCUUAAGUCGCAAAGCUGUUAGCAGAAUCAAUGCUACAUUGAUAUCUGGAGGAGGAGACCUAUAUGCUUAUCCAAAGAGGUCUGAUGUGAAAAAUGAAGAUCUAGUUGGUGUUGAAUCAGUUGGAACUGAGGUACAACCUGAUGCAAUAUCAGUAAUUGGAACACUGGGAGCAGACACAGCGGUAACAAUCAAUGUUUUUUCUGAUGAGAAUGAUGAAUUUGAUUUGGACAGUCCAACAGAAGGUUUUGCUUCCAUAUCAGAGGCCAUUGAAGACAUUCGGAAUGGAAAGAUGGUAGUGGUUGUAGAUGAUGAGGACAGAGAAAAUGAAGGAGAUUUAAUAAUGGCAGCACGGUUGGCUACACCUGAGGCCAUGGCUUUUAUUGUGAAGCAUGGAACUGGGAUAGUUUGUGUAAGCAUGAAAGAGGAAGAUCUGGAGAGAUUGGAACUUCCUUUGAUGGUAAACAGUCGGGAUAAUGAUGAGAAACUCCGUACAGCAUUCACUGUGACACUGGAUGCUAAACAUGGCACUACCACAGGGGUUUCAGCUAAUGAUAGGGCAACAACAGUCUUGGCCCUUGCAUCAAAAGAUUCAAAACCAAGUGAUUUCAACCGCCCAGGCCAUAUUUUCCCCCUAAAAUACAGGGAAGGUGGUGUCUUGAAGAGAGCUGGACAUACAGAAGCUUCAGUUGAUAUUACCAUACUUGCUGGUUUGGAUCCUGUGGCAGUUCUGUGUGAGAUUGUGGACGAUGAUGGUUCCAUGGCUAGAUUACCUAAGCUUCGCCAGUUUGCAGAGCGUGAAAAUUUGAAAAUUGUAUGCAUUGCUGACUUAAUAAGGUAUAGAAGGAAGAGAGAUAAACUAGUAGAACGUGUUGGUGCUGCCCUAAUACCAACAAUGUGGGGGCCAUUCACAGCUAAUUGUUAUAGGUCACUUUUAGACGGGAUUGAGCAUAUUGCAAUGGUUAAGGGUGACAUUGGGGAUGGAAUAGAUGUUCUUGUGAGGGUACACUCAGAGUGUCUUACAGGAGACAUAUAUGGAUCUGCCAGAUGUGACUGUGGAAAUCAGCUUGCUCUUGCAAUGCAACAGAUUGAGGCUGCUGGUAGAGGUAUAUUGGUAUAUCUUCGUGGACAUGAAGGAAGGGGCAUUGGAUUGGGCCACAAGCUUCUUGCUUAUAACCUACAGGAUGCUGGAAGGGAUACCGUAGAAGCCAAUGAGGAGUUGGGAUUACCUGUUGACUCUAGGGAGUACGGAAUUGGUGCUCAGAUAUUGAUGGACUUGGGUGUUUGUUCCAUGAAGCUGAUGACAAACAAUCCGGCAAAAUAUGUUGGGCUCAGAGGUUAUGGCUUGACAAUUUCGGGUAGGAUCCCAUUGUUAUCACUUAUCACAAAGGAGAACAAGAGAUACUUGGAGACCAAACGUGCGAAAAUGGGCCACACCUAUGGCUUGGAAUUUGACAGCAAAUUGAACAAUGAUGACAAGGGCAAUGGUAAAGCCAGUAGUGUUUGUGAUUCUAAUGCUGCUCCUGGCUUAUUGUAA